AUGAAGAGAAACAGAUGGACUGAAGAAAAAGACAAGGAUGUAUUAGUUGAUGAAAGUGAAAAUUCAGGAGAUCAUUCAAACAAGAAAGAUAGAUGGAGUGUGGAUGAACACAAAAGUUUCUUGAUGGGAUUGGGCAAAGUUGGAAAAGGAAAUUGGAAUCAAAUCGCCAAACGGUUUGUGCCCAGUAGAAGUUCAACCCAAGUUGCCACUCACGCCGCCGAGACAUUUUUUGGUAGACAUAACAGGAACAAAGCAACACUCAAACGCAACAUCCUUCCUUCUAAUGAAAGCUAUGCCAAUGUCAAUGUGUCAUCAUCAACUAAUGUCAAUAGCAAUGUGUGA